ACCUGUUUAUCUCAACACAACCGACUGGACUGCUGUUAGUGUUUACUGUGGCUCUGUGAUGAGCUCUGGUUUUAUGACAGUCAGUGCAUGAACGCUGGAUGUGCCGCAGCUUUGGACAAAUAGACUAGGACAACUUGUGGAGCAAACACACACUCCUAAAUGGAGAUUGAAAGCAUGGUAGCAAAUAGUGCUCUUAUUAAAGCCAGAGAAGGUGGAGGGAGCAAAGGCAGGAGCUGGAGAUGGAAAGAGAUGCUUCGCUUUCCUCAAAUCAGUCAGUGCAGGCAGCUGGCUAUGAACAUAGAGCGAGACUAUUACAGUCUCUGUGUGAAGCAGCCCAUUGGCAAGAAACUGUUUCAGCUCUUCUGCCGGAGUCGGACUGAUCUGCAGAACUACAUUUCCCUCCAGGAUGCUUUGGAAACCUUUGAGACCAAAUCAGAUGAGGACAGGAGAGAGUUUGGCAUCUACAUCAUUCAGAGAUUCCUCAGGAGUCAGUCCAAUCAGUGUGUGUUCACCGUGCAGAAGCAUGAACAGAGCUGCAUCCAGAGUCUGGAGAUCGACCCCUGCGGGGACGUCUUCUAUGACUGCAGGGAAGACCUACACAAGUACCUCAGUGGAGAUCCCUUCAUGCAGUACCAGGAGAGCAUGUUUUUUGAUCGUUUCCUCCAGUGGAAGAUGUUGGAGAGGCAGCCAAUCACCAAGCAGACAUUUAGACAGUACAGACUACUGGGGAAAGGAGGGUUUGGAGAGGUGUGGGCUUGUCAGGUGCGAGCCACAGGGAUGAUGUACGCCUGCAAAAAGCUGGAGAAGACUCAUGUAAAGAAGAGGAGAGGAGAGGCCAUGGCUCUCAAUGAGAAACAGAUACUGGAAGGGUUGGACAGUCGAUUUGUGGUGAAUCUGGCAUACGCUUAUGAGACCAAGCACGCCCUCUGUAUGGUUCUGACCAUGAUGAGCGGCGGGGACUUGAGGUUUCAUAUUUAUAACAUCGGCGUGCCCGGCCUGGACAAAGACAGAGUGCAGUUCUACGCUGCAGAGGUCUGCUGCGGUAUAAUUCACCUCCACCAGAAUUCAAUAGUAUACAGGGAUCUGAAACCAGAAAACAUUCUGUUGGACGACAACGGACACAUCCGCAUCUCUGACCUGGGCCUGGCUGUGAGGCUGUCUGAGGGGAGUCUGGUGCGAGGCAGGGUGGGCACACUCGGCUAUAUGGCUCCUGAGGUGAUCAGCAACAAGCACUACGGGAUGAGUGUUGACUGGUGGGGCCUCGGCUGCCUCAUCUAUGAAAUGAUCGCAGGGCAGCCCCCGUUCAAGUCCCGAGGAGAGCACACCAGAACCUCCGAGAUGGAGAGGAGGAUUCAGACAGAACAGGAGCCAUACAGUGAAAAGUUCAGCAAGGAGGCGACAGACCUCUGUUCUUUGCUUAUCGAGCCUCCAUUUAAACCUGAUCCCAGACAGGUGUACUGCAGCGACGUGCAGGACAUCGAAGAGUUCUCUUCAGUGAAGGGGGUCACUCUGGACCACAUCGACAACAACUUCUACUCUCAGUUCAACACAGGCAGCGUUCCUAUCACCUGGCAGAACGAGGUGAUAGAGACGGGAUGUUUCAGGGAGCUGAAUGUAUUUGGCCCUGAGGGAUCUCGAUCUCCAGACCUCAAUAGGUCCCAGACCCCCGAGAGCCCCAGACGCAGCCUGUUGGACCGAAUCUUCCGCAGACAUCACCCGGAUGAAAGCAAGCAGAGUUUGGUGUCUGAUGAGGACUACUUGUCGUCAGAGCUGCUCAGCACUGCCCUCUGAGGCCGCUGGCAGCACAGAGCUUUGAACUGAAACAACCCACAACCACAAAGGAGGCAGAUCUGUUUGUCACUGGAGAUCCCAGCAUAGCAUUUGUUUAUUUGUGUUUGUAUUGAUCUCCUAACCGCCCUUUAUUAGCACUUGCUUCCUUAUGUAUUUUACUGUUUCAUGCACCGACAUUUACUUGCAUCCAUUUUUGAACCCAGUAUGUUAGUAGCUUUCUGUUAAGUACUUGAAUUUUGAUGCAAAUAGCAUGAAACUACUCAAUAACAUUACAUUUAAUUGCACCAGUUUCAUUGUUUUAGCUGUUUAAUGAGUUUUU